AUUUUUCUUUGUUCUUUAGUUUACUCAUCUGUAAAACAAGGACGACAAUAGUAGUUACUUUGGAGGAUUACAUGAAUAAAAUAAGAAAAGUCUAGUUAUGUUUAGGAUAGUACAGUGCCUGCUACCUGGAAACUGUUACAUUUGUUAAUUUUCAUUACAGUCAUCUACAACCCCACCAUUGUUACUGAAGCAAAAAUGCUUCUUUUAAGUAUCUAAAAUCAUCUGACAAUAGAGAUUCACCUGACAACGCAGAGACUAGCCCCACAACACACAAAAAUACUCUUCUGCAUAUGGACAAUACUGUACAAUACCCUAUGCCCUGUAAGAUACAGACAGCACACUAAACUAGAGGCCACUCACAACACAGAAAUUUACAGUGGAAUUAAGAAACAUAGCCAGUGCGCUCUCUCUCUCUCUCUCUCUCUCUCUCUCUCUCUCUCUUUCUCUCUCUUUCACUCUCUCUCUUCUCCCUUCUCAACUCCCCUUCCCAUGCCCUAAAUAAACUUUAUUCUAUACAAAAAAGAAACAUAGCCAGUAAUGCAUAUGAUUACUUCAUAUGUACACAUCCACUUAAAAAACACAGCCUAUAUAGUACCCAGCUUUACCCCAUAUAGCAGAGAUCUGCAAUUCAGCAUACAUCUACAUACCAUGAACUAUAAUAAUGUACUGUAUGACAAAGAUCAUAUUAUAUACAGAUACCAAUUCCAAAGUGUGUGGACUUCCUUGCUGUUCACAAAUGUUUGUCUAAAUUCACACUCCAAAAUUUAGAGCACUACGUUUUAAUGCAGAGCCCCUUAUAAAAACUCGUAUUUUAUGCACAAUUCAUAAACAACUGUAUGCUUCACACCUUAUUAUUUGCACACAAAUCUGAUUUACCUUAAUGUAUUCCCACAUACAGGAUCAUAUAUCAUAUAUCACAUAGAUUAAAACUAUUAACUAUCAUUAAAAUUGUGUGUAUAUGAGCAUUCUGCCUGUGUGUAUAUCUGUGUACCAUGUAUAUACCUGGUACCCACAGAAGCCUGAUGGAAUUACCCACAGAGAUCUAAUUAAGAUUCUGAGUUAAAGACAUUCGUUAGCUAUUCUUCAGGUGCUGGGAAUCACAUGAGUCCUCUGCAAGACUAGCAAGCUCUCUUAAUCACCAAACCUUUUCUCAACCCUGCACCCCCCCCCCCAGGUUAGCUUUUUAAGGCCUACAAAUGUCCUAUCAAACAGAGCUAUCGUGAGCACUGGUGCUCUUAAAUACACUACAAUUGUAUGACAUGACGACAUCUACGCAGAGUCACAAUCUUUAGGUUUGGAUUUAAACACCUAAACUCACAGAAAGGAAAGACAUGCUUACAGUAUAAAAGCUCAUCCCAUUGUGCCAAUGUGGUACAAAAGAAGACAAGCCUCCACUCACAUAAGCUCAACACUGAGAACACAAAACUUGAUGCCUAACAUUUAGACCCACUCUGUAGUACAAAGCUUGAACUUAGAACUCCAGUUGCUUAGGCUAGAAUCCCUAUCAAUAUUAUUUUUAUGACAUAAGAAAGUUGGUUUUGACCUCCCUGUAUUUUCUAAGCUACAAAUUUAGGAUAAUAAUGAUUCCUGAGUCAUAAAGGUCUUAAGAGAAACAAUGAGUUAAUGGUUAUAAAGCCUUUAUAAUAGUACCUGGCAAAGAAUUGCUGUCAUUCAUGUCAUUGACACUGUUACUGAUAUUAUUACUAUGCACAUACUGGACAACAAUGGUAAAAUUCAACCUAAAACAACAAAACAUCCUCCUCCUCCUCCUCCUCCUCCUCCUCCUCCUACACACACACACACACACACACACACACACACACACACGCACACACACACAAAUACACACAUGGGGAGAGAGAGAGAGAGAGAGAGUGAGAGAGAGAGAGAGAGAGAGAGAUCCAUAAAGCACACAAUCUUAUCACAACUUAUACUAUACUUUGACCACUACAUCUGUAUUAACUAUACUUACCUAUCACAUAGUGUCUACAUAACAUCCACACUUAACCACCUACCACUUAGACACACAGAGUAGUACGCACACAGCAGUGCAAAAAUAUAGAAGUUCAUCAAUGUAAAAAUUCAUCUUGUUUUCAUUAAAUGCUCUUACACAUGUCCCACUAUAGAUGUACAUAUGUGCAGCACAGAAUACCACAUUGGCUCUACAACUCAAAUAACUCAGCUUAAACUCCUGAAAAGAAUCCAUACCGUAUAGAUUUCUCCAAAAUACAAUGAACAGACUAGUUUCAUAAGUCACAGAAUUAAAGCUCUCACUACAACACACAGAUUCUUCCUAGUGUCCAACUAUAUUGAUUUUAGUAAAACACUGGCUUAUCUCUACAAUAAAAGGCAUCAUAAACAUCAAUAUAUUGGACAACACACAUUAAAUACUUACAGUGCUCAUGUAGCCAUCCAUACAGAGAACUAUUUCACCUCACCCAGACAUUGCACAUACUAUGUAAAUUGACUCUUCGCUGCCAGAUGUGCUACCCAACAUGGAAUAGUCAGUCCCCUGUAGUCAGUAAUAUCUCAUUACAGCAUACAGAUUAGCAACACAGAAUAACUUUUUUGUUACUAUAACAGAAGCACACACAGUCUACAAAAGACACAAUGCACAGCUAUGCUCUAUAGUACUUAGGUGUAAUACAGAUGAUCAAAGCAUACGCGAGAACGACCAAAUACUCACAUUAUACAAAUGUGCACACAUAGGAUUUUACUAUCACCACAUAGGCUACCUCCAUGAAAUGCUUCCUAACCUCUACAAAAUCUAGGUUCCCACCAAAGAAUAAGCAAAAAACCAACAAGGCACAGAACACUCUACUUCAACCAGAAAAUAUCCCCACAACACAUAGAAACAGAACAAAGGACAGAAGAAUACUAAUGGCUAACACCCAAACUCAUGUGAAACACAAUGACUGGCCUAUCAUCCUCAGCAUGGCCCACUAUCGUCCGUACUCAGUAGGCUCACUCCAGAAAACCUUGGUAGGAAUGUGCAGACAUAGCCUUUAAUUAAAAAUAAAGGCUGGCCUCUGAAACUAUCUUCUUCACAGAGUAAACACUUUCAGGUACAUAGAAAGUAUGUCUAAUUCAUAGACACAAACAGGAGGACUUCACAAUACUGAACUGCUGUGACACACUUAAUACAUGCUUCCAUGCUUCUGUGCAAAUACAAUCAUCCCAUGAGAAUAAAACUCACCUCAGGAAAACGAGACUUUCCUCAAAUGUCCUGAAUUUGCCACAUAAUAUGCAUAAUCUCCAGACAGCAUCCACUAGUCCUAAACAUAGACUCAUGAUACAAAAGUACCAAGAAAGAGCUGAGCAGUGGAGAAUUCAAGAGGCCCUGGGCUUUCUCCCAACACUGAAUAAAACUGGGUAUGGUUUUAUCUGUAACCACAGCACUCCAGAGAUGGACAGAGGAGGACUAGAAGUUCAAAGUUGUCCCUAGCUACAUAGCAAGUUCAAACCCAACCUGGAGUGUGUGAGAACCUGGCUGAUAAUCAAACCAAACCAAUUAAACAAUGAGUCACAACAUUGACAGCAACAGAAAAGUACUGGAAAAAAUACACAUAAAGUGCUACUAUGCAUAGACAUUACCUCCUCAAUGCUCAUUUUAGUGAACUGACAGGAGAUUCAGAUCUGCACUAUAACACACUUGCCAUGCAUAGUCAGAAAUAUCAGAUAUUAGUCAAAUACUCCCAACUAACUCGACUUGCUUGCCUUCCUUUACAUAAUCUAGGUUCAUCCACAUCUAGCAACCUAGACUUGUCUCACAGAAUGAGGUAAUUGCUCAGAGCCUAAACACUAUUCACAGCUUGCAAACUGACCAAAAACCUCAGCUGUGGAAAAGUCUUACAUUUACUAUAUAAGCAUUCUCCUUGAUUGCAUAAAAAUCUUGGACAACAUACCAAAAUGGCCUUCAAUUAACUUCAAUGUACAUACAUUGUGCAAUAUUGCCAUUCUUUCUGUAAGACUUAAACAUAUACAGAGAUAUGGAUAAUUUACCCCGACAUGAAAUUUUCCCAUGGAUACCCAGACUUAUCUCCUAUUAACUAAGAUAUCUUGCACAUGGAAUAUAAGCCAGCAAAACUCAAACUGUCCCCAUAAGCCAGGCAUUCAUUGUUCAUUCUAGUCUUGCAAUGGGGCAUGCAUACCACCCCUUCCUAAGAUAGAAAUGUCCUCAUCGAACAGAUGUUAUUCCAAAUGCAGACAGUUAUCAUGUAAAGAAAAAUUUGACAUUUUAACAAAAAAAGUUCACCUCAUAAUGAGCAGAAAGGCUUGAAACCAAACAGAAGAAUCUUACUUGAAUCUAGUCACCAGUACUCCGCAUUACAGAAAAUCACACAGCAUGAUCCAUGCUGGUCCCACAAUAUAUAGACAUAGCAACAACACAUUUAUAUGCCUUAAAGAUCCAGAAUAUCUUCAAAACAUAUAUAUUCACUAUGAAAUAUUCGGAUCAAUACAACCUCCAGAUGACUACCACAAUGCAUAAAUACUGAUGCAUACAAAAGAAUCCUACAUAGAAACUGCACACUUAUGCUUCCCUACUGGAAAGCUUAUCGGCAGACUUGUGGCAAAUUAUGCAGAUUCUAAAGUCAUCCAGACUUUAGGCAAGAAUCUGUACUCACUCUAAGUCCUAAUGACAAAAAUGCAGAGCUACUGAGGGUGAGAGAUCAGUGGGCAGCCAUUAGUGUAGAGCCUAAGGACGUGAGGUUGGUCUCUAGAACCUACACAGUGAGCAGAAAGAACAGACUCCCAUAAAUUGUCCUCUGAGCUCCACAUAUACACUGUGACAUGUUUGUACCCCCUUCCACUAAAAUAAAUAAAUGGUUCAAAGAAAGACUAAACCUGGGGCACUCAAACAUGGAUGCCACAUGAUGGUAUGCCCUCAACACAGAGCUCUUACCUUCACUACACCAAAGCACAUAUUUUAAGACACAGAUGGUGAGCAACACGCAGAAGCCACAUAGCAGACAUUAUCCAUGAAACCUAGAAUUACCUCACACUAUCCAGACAUAUAUAGUGACAUUCUGAUUUAUCCAACAGCAUUGUUCCAUAUACAGAAAUGAAUCAAAACGUAGAAGCAUUAAUAAGAUGCAUGCUGCAACACGGGACAUGCUCCACAACUCAGAUUUUAUAUGACACUUAACACUUGUCCCAAGAAAGUGGAGAGAUUCUGGAUACCUGGCAGUGAAAUAUAAGACAUAGAUAAGCCUGACAAUGCCCAAACUUUCUGUAUAAGAUCCACACUAGCCUUUGAUAACACACAUAUCUUUGAAACCACUUACCAUGGCCUCACAACAUAAAGAUAUACCCAUAUAUCACAACACAUGGACACACUUAGAAUAUAUAUCCACUCUACACAGCAUGGACUAGCCCCCAUAGACUCUCACUGUAAAAUACAUUCAUAAACAGCAAGCCAUAGGUCUUUUACACCCAAUAAAGAGUCUCUUAUCAUUCUCUUAUCACAUGGUUCCAAAAUUAAUACUGAACACCCGUACCCAGAAAACAUAAAUGUAACCCAUUAUAAACCCAAGUGGAUUUCCCUUCCUUUCAUACUAAUUCAUAGGUCACACUUAUUCUACAACAUCCAGACAUACCCAUAUAGUACACUAAUUCAGGCAAUAUUUAAAUAACUGAGAAUCUUGCAAUGCUACAGAAUUUUCCCUACAAAAUGCAGAAAUGUGACACACCUCCUCAAACUGUACACAAUCUGUAGUAUACAGUUUCUAAAUGUUCUGUUUAUGUCUUAUAAUAUAUAGUCUCGAAAAUACAGAUUCCUCAAAAUCAUACAGCACAUCAUAACACCUUAGAAACACUUCUCAAAACAUACACUAUAAUAGGCAGACACACAAAAUGUAUUCCUGUUUUCAAAUACACAGAUUUGCUUCCCCCUGCCUACUUUUUGGCCAGCACUUCUAAGAUAUUUUACACAAAACCCAUUUGGCUAGAUGGGCAUGUAGCUCAGUGGUACAGCACUUCUAGUGAGUUGGAUAUACAAAUUUCUAAGUUUCUUCACAAAUACUUUCAAACCAAGCCAUAACAAUAGCAAACUCCAAACAGAACUGAAGAAUGUAAAAAUAAAGCAAAUAAUCCCUAGAACAAAACAAAACAAAAAACCAGUCUUGCCUCACAAUGUGUAGAGUUUAUCCAAAUUUCAAAUUCAUUCUGCAAGUAUGGUGCUUCAUCUCUAUACUACAAUGUGGAAAUUUGCCACAAAGCAGGUACCUACUUCCUUAUGUACCACAGCCAUUAGAGCAUCAGACACAUAGACACUCUCCACAGCACCAAGAAACACUGUACAGCAUUCUGUAUUGCCUGAAUGUAUGAGUGUUGUAAUGCAUAAAUUAUUUCAGAACUACUGCCCUAAUAUCCAGUAACAAUACCAACGUAAUAUCCCACAUACAAGCUUUAUUACACUACCAGCAUAUAGUUCCAUCAUAAUUAAUAUACAACCUUAUCUCAAGAAGACGGCAUGAAGUUGGGAGAGAAGCAUGCUGGGAACCUCUUUGGGGGAGUUGGAGAGAAGAAAUACAGGUUAUAUAUGAUUAUAUUUCAUUGUAUGUAUGUAUAAAAUAAUUCUCAAAAAUAAAUUAAAAAUAGUCCUUCCUCAAAGUGUAUAGAUUUGAAGUAGAAUGCACCUGAUAUUAUCUUAACAGGUAGAUUUGCCUUAAAAGAAAAUCUUGAUUCAGAGUACUAUAAAAACAUCUUAUAUGGUCUGCAGGGAACCUAUGAUGUCUAUCUAAACUCAUUCCUUAACACCAAAACAUUACCUAUAAAUCACAGGUAAGUUAAUACACUAUAAAAUCUCUCUAUAACAAACAAAUGCACUCUACGACAUACAAUUACCCUACUUGGGAAAGAAUAGCCCAAUACACACAUCACUACAAUUUGUCUUACCACACAAGGCAGAGAUAUCUCACAAUGUAUAGACUAGCUCCAUAAUAUAUAGAUAGAGGAUAUGAUAACCAGACAUAGCCUAUGACAGAAAAACUUUCUGAUAAACAAAACUGAAUUUACAUGUACAGAGUUUCCUCAAAAUACAUGCAAUUACUCUGCAAUAUAAAUGCUUUAUAAGGAAAAUGUAUGUUUAUCCACACAGAACUGCUACAGUCUUGGAAUUGGCUCACAGAAUAAAUGCUUACAGCAUGUUUUACAAAUGACUCAUCAAUCAUGCCCUUUAUAGCACAGUUUUACCCUACAAAACACUAUUGCUUCAUCUGGGCAGAUGCUGUAGUGUACAUGCUACCUCCUAUCACUACCAUGACAAACUUUCCAAACAAAAGAUACAUUUCCCAAUGUACAAAAUACUUUCAAAUUUCAUGAAUGCACCCAACAAUAACAGUUGUCAUAUUUGUAGGACUUCCACUGUAUCUACACUUACUCUGAAAUGCCCAGGACCAAGUCACAGCCCAUAUCAGACUGAAAACACAGACUUCCACAACAGUCAUACUCGAAAAUGCAGAAUUUGCUUACAGCUUUACAUCAUGCCAUAUCAGUCAGUGUGUGAUCUGAAGUGCACAAGAUCUGCAUGUAAACAUAUAUGUAAGGAUCCUAAUAUACAAGUAGGAAGACAUAGACACUGUAAUUGACAGACAUAUCAAACCAUACAAACUCAAUCAGUAACCACCUAACAAAAAGGCUCACAAUUCAUGACACAUUCAACAUAAUGACAUGCCUCACAACACAAAAAAGUCUUUAUUUCAACUUACAAUACACAGUAAGGAUCUAUCACACCCCAAAUUUACACGUAUUCAGCCAAAUUCUUUAGAACCCUAACAAAGCUCAUACAUAUCUGUAAUUAAUCUAUAUAUUGCGGACUUGUCUCAUGGUGCACAGAACUGGAAUGAGCCACAGCCAUUAGAAGUGACAUACUAUGUGCAGGAAGAAACCCACGGUUGAGGUACUUCAUCUCUAGUAAAGGAGAGUUUUACGUAAAGCAAACAUAUUCUAAAGUGCAAAGCUUAGCUUGUUCUAACAGAAUUUGGAGUCAAUGUAUAAACUUCAAAUGAACAUUACUACAAAUAACUUGAGCACAUCUAGAAAAUUAUAGUCAUGAAACCUAUGGCUCCAUUCAAAAUAGAUUGAUCUCAGGACAGCUGCACAACACUCAGAAUCCACAUGUAACAGAGCCAGCCUGCAAUCUAUUGUGUUACUUCAGCUGGCUGCACUUGCUCCUUUUAAGUAACUUCACACUUUACACACAUACUUUAUACACAUACAGACUAGCACCACAAAUUCCCUCGGGGGGUCUACAACUUAACUAGCUUUUCAAGUAACAGCAUUAUUAUUUAGAACAUUUAGCACCAUCUUUCUAUCAGGAAGACACCCCAUAACAUGGAUAUGUGUUACCGUAAACUCUAAAGUACACAGGGACUGCCUUUUCAACAGGAAUUUUUUUUACCACACGCAGACCCACUUCACCUUAUCAGACUUGCCUAACCAUACAUAGAGAUGCACUGGUAAGUACAGAAAUUAAUCCCUCCAUGUGCAGGCUAGCUCCAUGGUCUUCUGAGACCAUGCAUAGACACAUAGCAUGAUGGAGAAAAGGACUACAUAUAGAGAUAUGUAAUCCACAGCAUCCGUUUAGCAUCCUACAGUACUUGCUCCACAUUUGACAUGCUCAGAUUCAAUUCAUGAGACGAAACUAUUCAUACUACACUGAAACUCUAACAGUGUCUAACUUAUAUAUGUUGGUAUUCAUAUGCUUCAACUCACACAAACACAGAGGCACAUUUGUGAUUAAAUACAUGUGAUAAACAUGCUCAUGUUUCAUAUAUAAAAAGUUCUGUUCAUCAUUAAAACAUUUAAAUAUACAUGCGCACAUAAAAACAAACACAAAUCCUGACAUGUGAGUAUGCAUUCAGAGAUGCAUACAUCAAUAAGACAAAAAUGGACUAAUGAAUAGAUUUAUAUAUGUAUAGUAAUUUAUUUAUAGAGAGCUGUAUAUACAGCUACAUUGGUCAAAGAUAUAUAGAUAUGGAUACACAUAUCUAUGAAAAUGUAAGUAUGCAGACAGAUAUGCAGACACAGAUACAAGAAUGUUUAAAAUUGAUGCAAACUAACAUAUUUUUAUAGCAACUCAUUCAGAUUAAUACGAAUUGCUAAGGUAUAUGAUAUCUAGAAACAGAUUCACUGAAACCCAGUCAUGAAUAGAGAGCCAGAGUUGUACACACCCAUAUCCAUAUACGGUGAUGACACAAAAUUGUGUACAGAGGCAGAGAUAUAUAAACACCCUUAAACGUAAGGAAUAUGGUGAACCAAUUUACAAACACACAGUAGUCCAUAAGUGUAUACAUAUACAAGCACCGAAAUAUACAGAUACACUCAGAAGCAUAUGCAUCUAUUAAGUUUCUGUUCACAGACAUAGAAAAUGUGCAACCAUAUUGAAAGUAUACAGAAUGCCUUCAAAGAUAUACACUUGAUCACUUUUGUGCAUAGUCAUAUGUGUAAUGCAAACAUUGAUAGCCAUUUAUACCAUAGAGGCAGACACAAAAUAAAUCCACAGACCAAGAUAUUUAUUCUGUAGGCAUCCACAACUCCAUACAUACUACAUUCUCACAUCUCAGAUACCUAUCUAGAGACGUAAAUAUUGACAUAUAUAUGCACGGAUUCAGUCUGUACUAUAUAAAUGCACUAAUUUGCAUGAAGAUAUGUCUACAUAGGCAUUCAGAUAUUCACAUGGACACAUAUGUACACAAAUAUUAAAAUACUAGAGCAUACAUAUAACAGUUAUUAAACAUAAGUUAAGAGAACUACUGGCAAGAAAGUAAAAGUACACUUAUGCAAGCAUAUUCUAUGUAUACACAGAUACAUAAACACAGGGAGGUUCACAUAUAUGAACACAGGUAGUCAGCAAAGCAUGUCCACACAGAUAACAAAUCCUACCCUACAUUAUAUGGAUAGAUACAUGCAGCGAUAGAUGUCAGUAACACAGAUGCAGUUCUACAGGCUUUUGUACCAGCUUGGAUGGAGAUACACCGAGAAUCUUAUAAAUGUGUGCACAUGGUAUUUUAUAAAAUGCACUUAUUUAUACUGACAAAAUUAAAAGUGCAAAUAUGCAGAAAUACCAUACAUUCUCAUGCUGACCACAUUGUCAACACAGAAGAGAUAUACAUAUAUUUAAAAGUAACAAAAUAUAUAAAAUACAUUUGCAGCUAUGUGCAGAUUUGUAACUGCACAAGUGUGUACAGAUACCUCCUUACAUGUUAACAUUUGCACAUGUUGCUGCAUAUACACAUACCCUAUCACAGUGCUCUACAUAUGGUCUCCUAAGCUUUUAAUGGUAUGCAAAUUCUAAGCAUACGUCAAAUAGAUCAGUGCACACAUAGAUAUACAUAUGCCAAAAUGAGUGUAUAGAUGCAUAUAGUACUUCAUGCUACAAAUAGAAGCAGACCUGAAUAUACACAGACACAUGUGGAUUUACAUUGUGAAAACCCAUAAAUAGAUAUACAAACUUUUGAAACAAACUAAUGCGUUUUAAUGCGCCUUUGUGUUAUUAGCUUCUUAGGAGCAACAAGUAAUCAAUCCCACUUAGCUGAUUAUACCAUACGAAUGUAGGUGUGGAAAUUACCAGAAAUAUCUCUAAGACAUCUUUAAGGCAGAUGAAUGUGCACACACACUUAAAUAUUUACAGUCAUAGAUAUAAUUCAUAUGGAAGCAUAAAAAUAAAUAAACAUGUAUAGCCAAAUAAAGAAGAAUACACACAUAACUAUACCUACCCGCCACUAAAAUACUGUACUUCAAUAUUUAAAUGUUAGCUUUUGAAAUUUAAUACCAAAUUAAUUCUCAUCUUCAUCUAAGUUCUAGUACUACUGGCUCAGUGAUGUGAGGCCAUUUUUCUACCUUCUUCCCUGAGACAUAGGAGUACCCAUAGCCCUUUCAGAAUUCCUGGAGAGUUUGUGUAAUGGAAUGGCUAGCCUUGUGCUUGGAAGAUUGUGCAGGGAGAUGGCAUUGCUGCUGGUUGUGUGUGUAUGUGUGUUUGAGACAAAUUGUUUAGCUACAUAGGAUUAGAUUUUUUCCAACUAUUUUGCAUUGGAUGACAGAUAUAUUAUUUUGUAUUUAUAAAUGAACCAAUAAAGAUUAAUCUGUUAAUAAAAAUAGAGUAUGAUCACAAACAAAGUCAUUUCCUAAGUUCUCAGAUAUUGUAAGAAUUUGCUUCUAUCCUUGGCAAAAAGGCUCCAAAUUUAUGUUUUCUGGUAUUGCUGCUAUUGGUAUUACUGUUUAUUAUUAUUAUUAUUAUUAUUAUUAUUAUUAUUAUUAUCAUUAUCAUUAUUGUUUUUACAAUUAAACUACAUUGGUGAAUCUUUAAUGUCCAUCUGUGAGUAUUCUUUUUUUUUAUUCUUCUCUCAUACAUUACAUCCUGACCACAGUUUCCCCUCCAUCCUCUCUUCCCAGUCCCCCCUCUACCUCCCAUCUCUCCCAGAUCCACUCCUCCUCCAUUUCUCUUCAGAGAAGGGCAGGCCUCCCAGGGAUAUCAAUCAAACAUGGCUUAUCAUUUUGCAAUAAGAGUAGGCACAUUCCCUCAUACCAAGACUGGGCAAGGCAACCCAGUAGGAGAAAAAAGUGUUUCUCCUUUAAAAGCAGGUGAAAGAGUCAGUCAGCCCCAGCUUUCACUGCUAGGAGUCCAAUAAGAACCAAAUUUACACAACCAAAACAUAUAUUCAGAAGACCUAGGAGUACCAAGGUCAGACUCAUGCUGGCUCCCUGGUUGUCACUUCAGUCUCUGUGAGCCCCUAUGAUUCCCUGCUUACUUAAUUCUGUGGGUUUUCUUGGGGUGUCCCUGAUCCCUCUGGCUCUUAUAAUCCUUCUUCCCUCUUUUCUAGAAGAUUUCCUGAGCUGCACCUAGUGUUUGGCUGUGGUUCUCUGCUUCUGUUUCCAUCAUCCUCGAUGAUGGUGGUGAUGAUGAUAGUGAUGGUGAUGGUGAUGGUGAUGAUGAUGAUAGUAUGGUGAUGGCGAUGGUGAUGGUGAUGGUGAUGAUGAUGAUAGUGAUGGUGAUGGCGAUGGCGAUGGUGAUGGUGAUGGUGAUGGUGAUGGUGAUGGUGAUGGUGAUGGUGAUGGUGAUGGUGAUGGUGAUGAUAGGCUCCUGUCGACAAGUAUAGCAGACUAUCAUUAGGAAUCAUUUCAUUGACUUUUUUUCUGGUCAUGUUUGAUUUUAUCCUAGGUCUGUAGCCUAGGGUAUCCUAGGAUAUCCGGUCUCUGGUUCCAGGCCCUACAGACAAUAUCAGGCAUGGGUUCCUUCCUGUGGCCUGGGUCUCAAUUUGGACCAGUCAUUGGUUGGCCACUCCUACAAUUUCUGUGCCACCAAUUUUACCCCAGCCCAUUUUGCAGACAAAACUAAUUGUAGGUUGAAACUUUAGUGGCUGUGUUGUCCCAAUUCUUUCACUAGAGGUCUUGCCUGGUUACAGGAGAUGGUUAGUUCAGCCUCCAUAUCCUGAUUGGUAGUAAUCUUAGGAUCAACAUUGUAGAUUCCUGGGUGUUUCCAUUGUCCUCGGUUUCUAUCUUCCCUUCCCAAGAGGAUUCAUGUAUCCCCCCUCUUGAGCCCUCCUUGUUACUUAGCCUCUCUGGGUCUGUGGAUUGUAGCAUGGUAAUCCUUACUUCUAGCCAAUAUUCACUUAUAUGUGAGUACCUUGUUUGUCUUUCUGGAUCCGAGUUACCUCACUCAAGAUGAUUUAUUUUUCUAUUUUUUUUCCCUAUGGGACCUGAGAUUGAAGUAGCCGCAGUGCAAGACGGAAAGAGGGCUUCGUGCACGGUGUGCAUUUGCCACCUAGUGACCACAUUGAGAUGUGAGGUCUCAGCUGCUCCAAUACCAUUCGUGCCAGGAUCCUCACCAUAGUGAUCAUGGACUCCUCCUAGCCCUCUGAAACUGUAAAUUUCAAGUUCCAAUAGGAAAAUCAACAAAGAAAGCGACAGCCUCGCAGACGUCGGGGACAUCAACGUACAAAGGAGUCCUGUCAGUGGGAUUCAUUCACCCACACUCCUGUAUAUACUGCCAUAAACAAGUUUGAUCCAUUAUGCCAUACUAUCCAUACUUCAGCCUUGAGAAGGUUUUUCAGGAUGCUUUUGAAAUAUAUAUAUUGCCUGAUGAGGAACAGGAAGAUGAUGAGGAAGAAAUGGAAGAGGAGGGGGAAGAAAUAGAAGAGGAGGAGGAAGAAAUGGAGGAAGAGGAAGAGGAGGAAGAGGAAGAGGGGGAGGAAGAAGACUAUGAUGAUGAAGAGGAAGAGGAAGGAACAGGAGAGGAGGAGGAAAUAGAAGUGGAGGAAGUGGAAGAAGAAUUGGAAGAGGAGGAAAUAGAAGGAGAUGUAGAGGAAGUGGAAGAGGAAGAAGAAGUUGAACAGGAAGAGUAUGAAGAAGAUAUUGAGGAGGAGGAAUGGGAGACCAUUGAUGGUGACACGGUGUCUUUCACAUUAUCUGCCACUUUAAAGAUCUCUUUACCUUCCUGUCCUUCCCCACCUUCCACCUUCUCAUCUCAUCCUCUGAUCUGGGGCAAUCCCAAUGGGAUGGAAGAGUCUGUUGCCUGGAUGAUGAAUAUUUCCCAAAGUCAUCAGAGCUUGUACACCUUCACGUCAUGUAGCAACUUGGAUGAAGAAUACAGCAGCCAGGAAGAAGAGAGUUUAAAUACUUUCUCAUGGAGAAAACGCCAAAACCAAAAGGUGACUGAACUGGUGAAUCUCCUGAUCCUCAAAUAUAGAAAGAAGGAACCCAUCAAAAAGGUGGAAAUGCUCACAGUUGUCACAGAAGACUAUGAGAAUCAAUUCCCCAUUAUCUUUGAGGAAGCUUCUAAGUGCUUGGAGAUGAUUUUUGGCAUUGAUAUAAAGGAAAAUGAUGCUGUAAGCAGUUCUUAUGUUCUGACCAACACACUUGGCCUCACAUAUGAAGACACGAUGACUGACAACCAGCGACUGCCCAGAAAUGGCUUCCUGAUAGUUAUUCUGGGUGUGAUAUUCAUAGAGGGAAACUGUGCCUCUGAAGAAAGCAUGUGGGAAUUCCUGAAUAUGAUGGGAAUAUAUGAUGGGAAGGAGCACUUCAUUUAUGGGGAGCCCAGGGAGUUCCUCACUAUAGAUUUAGUGCACCAAAAUUACCUGAAGUAUCAGCAGGUGCCCAAGAGUUAUCCUCCACGCUAUCAGUUCUUAUGGGGUCCAAGAGCCUACUCUGAAACCACCAAGAUGAAAGUUCUUGAGUUUUUGGCCAAGCUUACAAGUAGGGCCCCAACUCAUUUCUCAUCCUUAUAUAGUGAGGCAUUCAGAGAUGAGGAAGGCAGAGCCGGAAUUUGAAACGGCCCCUCAGCUUAGUACCAUGUUGAUAACAACAUGAGGCAGCCUAAUAUCUGGUUUGAAAGAGGACAAGCACAAUUUUCAGUAAAGGAGGAUCAUGUUUAAUGUGGGUAUGUGUAGAACACAGUGUGGGGCAACUUCGUGUUUUGGUUCAAAAUGAUAGUUGUUUCUUUAUUUUUCCUUUAUGGGUACUUUCUCCAAUUGUAGUUAAUGUGUGUUACAUCAUCUUUGCAAUGUGAGUUUGUGAGUGCUUAUAAUUUCUUUAUUGUCUUAUCUGGUUUUGUGGAAAUAAAGAGGAACUAUUCAAUGGUUAAUCUUUGGGUUCCUUUAAUCCUUCUAGUCAACUCUAAAAUGUGUACCUAAAGUGAUUUGUUUAAUAAAAUAGGAAAAAUGUAAUAAA